CUUCCUGAGAACCUUUCAGGAACUCAGCUGCAGAAGAUCCAACCCAGGCCAAACAGGCAGGGCGGGGCGGGGUUAAUGAAAGAAAAAAAAGAUAUUUCCUGGUGACCUACGACAACACAGGAAGAUGAAUGUUGGCGUAGCUCACAGUGAGGUGAACCCAAACACACGGGUGAUGAACAGCAGAGGAAUAUGGCUCACCUAUCUUCUGCUGACCGUGGUGCUGCACAUUGUCCUGCUCAGCAUUCCUUUCCUAUCCGUGCCGCUCGUCUGGACCCUCACCAAUGUCAUCCACAACCUGGCAAUGUACCUGUUUCUACACACAGUGAAGGGCACUCCCUUUGAAACCCCAGACCAAGGAAAAGCUCGUCUACUCACACACUGGGAACAGAUGGACUAUGGUGUCCAGUUCACUUCUUCACGCAAGUUCCUCACCAUCUCGCCGAUUGUUCUGUACAUUCUGGCCAGUUUCUACACAAAAUACGAUGCAACGCAUUUUUUAAUCAACACGUGCUCUCUGCUGACUGUCCUCAUCCCAAAGCUGCCCCAGCUUCACGGAGUACGGAUAUUUGGCAUCAACAAGUACUGAUGCACCGUUAAAAAAAAGAAAGAAAAACUGGGACUUUAUCCACAAAAACUGGACUUGAAGUUCUCGGCUCCUGCUGAACUGUUUUUGUUUUUUGAGUAAAAGGUUGAAGGAGAGGAAAAAAAACAGCUGGGAGGACUCUGAAGGUCACAGCCUGAAAAAUCUGAAUGCACUGUUUCUUCAAAGUAAAUAUGUUCUGAUAGUAAAAUAAGAUCUAAUGCUUGUGUUUUUGAAGGUUUAAACUGCACCAGUUUAAGUUGGUGAUGUUUAAUUUUUUUCUUUUUUUUUUUUAUUGUUGCACCGGCUGCAAUUAUAAAAAGCAAAGUUUGUUGCCGUAAUUAUAAAUGAAUCGGUUCCUUUUCUACUCAAUCCAGUAUGCAAUCAUACGCCUACAAUAAACUCUUAUUACAAUACACAGAAAUAAAACCACAUGCUUAUCAUUUUAGAAGAAAAAUGCUCCCUCUAAAAACAGGACUGCCCAUCUUUUAGAGUCCACUUGGUCCAGGUAAACAAGUUUGUCUGGAUGUUCAAAGCAAUCCACUGGACCCACGUAGGUCAGCUUGUAACUCUGGGGAAGUCCAGACACUUUACAUGAGGGGGCUGUCACAGAGUACUCCAAUUGCUCGUAUAUCUGAGGGGUUCCCCCCCUUCCGUAUUCGAUAGUCAUGUUUGCAUUGGAGCCAGGGUUUCCCUGUUUGAAAUGCGCGUUUCGGGGAAGUAGUUCAAAGGAAAUACAGCGCUGCGUAAAUGUUGACUAUGUCAAGUUUAGCCUGGGAAAUACAUGCAAAUAACGCUCGCUGUAUCAGCUGUUUUCAACCUGUGGAGUAAUCACGUGUUUUCAUUUGGAGCGGCGUUAUUGGGUUGUUCCUGCGUGGACAUCCAAUAGACACGCACGGAAAGAAAGAAACCAAAGGUGGGAUUCUCCUCGCAGUUGGAUGGAAAUCUCACGUCAUCCCCAAAAAGUCAGAUGGGGGAGAGUCAAAGACAAAGGAUAAAUAUGAGGUUUUCCUUUCCUUUUCAAAUAUAUCGAGUGCUGCUUGAUGAAAGAUAUGAUCUGGAAAUUUGUUUUGCUUUUUUUAUUAUUGGUUCCGUUUCUGCUUCAAGCAUUCUAACAGUCAUGCUGACAUGCAACUAUUUUUUUGAGAUUAAAAAGAUUGCGAUGACAGUCAUUUUUCUGUUAACGUUCUGAAUCAAAGUUACACAGAAAGAUAAAGAUGUCCCAAAUUAUUAAUACGUAUUAAAAAGGUCAGAAGCCUCGAUUGAAAUCUUUUCAUGCAACUUUUUUUUUUAAAUUAGGGUAAAAUGAUAAAAAUCCUCAACCAAUACUGGGAAAUCAACACUCAUCCCCUCCAAUUGCUCUCAAUAUCUGAUAACUUUUGAUACAUUUCCAGUAAGCAGCACAUAACUUAAAGCUUACAUGACUAAUUUAUUUGUAGCUCUGAUGCUUUUUGAAUUCUCCGUCUCAUUCAGCAUGUUAUGACAAUGCACUAUUUGUUCAUGGAACACUGAAAAUAAAAACAAGAACUGGA